CCACCUCAGCUGGCCACACCAAAACGCAGUGUCUUUUUCUUUAUUUAUGUUCGUACAUUUUUGGUUGCCUGGCUUUUUGUUGUUGCGCCACAUUAACAAUAACAAUUAAAGUGCGCCCCCACCGUCGCCCUCGAGUUAUUAAAGUGAAAAAUCGGGAGCGCGAUUUAAUGUGCCACAUGCGAAAGGUGUUGCAACGUUGCGUCGUCGUCGGGCGUCGAACAAAGCAGUUUUUGGAAAAGUGAAAACGGCGCCAUUUUAUAAGCAAGCAAGCCACGGCCAAAGGCGCAAGGAAAGUGCAAAUGCAAUGUGUGAAAUAAUAGAUUGGAGACACACUGAAAACAGAACUCUCUUUUAAAGUCGCGAGUGAAGGUGGUAGCCAAGAAAACAAUCAAGCCUCCCCAGCGACUCCAAAAUAUGAGCAGUGGCCAAAAUGAGACAGCAGCAGCAAAGGUUCUGGAAACGCAACGCGCACAAGAAUCCGGCAGUGAAAAUGAGGAAACCGACUCCAUUACGGAUCAGUCGAGCCAAUCGAAGUCCACCAAGUCAGCUACCCAGUUUAGCGUGCAGCGUUCGGAUACCGAUGGCCUGCGAAUGAGAAUCUCAGCCAUCCGUCCCCCAUUAGGAGUUCCUGCAACAAAGAAACCCCUGAAGCACAGAAAAAUGUCGACCCAGGAUACCGAGUCAGGCUGCUCGGAGGCCAGGAACCGAGCAGCCAGCAAAAAAGUCAAGGUUAAGCGAAAGAAGCUGGCCAGCGCGAGUGGGCUUAGCAAGUCAGAGACAUUGACUAAGUCCAAGAAGGCACAGAUCUCGGCGUUUUCCUCGGACUCAGAGGAUGACCUGCCCUUGAAGGUACACCAGCAGAGAGCUCCGCGUCUAUUGCUCACUGCGAUCUCCCAGGCGGCCCAGUCUGCCAACAAACCGCCGCUGGACAUAGGAAUCUCUUCCAGCGACAACGAGCUGCCCAGUCUUGUGCAGGCGGCCAUCAAGAGAGUGGAGAGCGAUACAGAGGAUACCACUGUUGAGGGCAGUUUCCGCAAGGCGGCCAAGGACAAGAAUCUGCCCCAGUACCAGUCCACAUUGCUUCAGGACUUUAUGGAGAAGACUCAGAUGCUGGGACAGAGUGCGAACUCGAAGCUUCCGGAAGAGAAAGUGGUUAAAGCCAAGGAGGAUACAAUUUUGCAAGUCGCUAAUCCUCGAAAGCGCAGAGGCAGACCCAAAAAGGUUGUAUCCACUGUUACAGCCGCGGGAAACUCCGGUCCGGCUAUAAACGAAUCCGCUGAUUCGGGUGUGAUCAGCACUACCAGUACUACGCAAAGCACCACUCCUUCGCCGAAAAUGCAAAGCGAGAACAUUGUGCCCACGGGAGCAGUGCCGACAGCGUCCAGCAGCAAACCCAAGAUCGACAUGGCGUAUCUGGACAAGCGGAUGUAUGCCACCGAGCGGGUGCUCUACCCGCCGCCCAGAAGCAAGCGGCGCCAGAACAACAAAAAAGCAGCCGCCACCUCAUCUAACAAAGAGGAGCUUCAGCUGGAUCCGCUGUGGCGGGAGAUUGAUGUGAACAAAAAGUUCCGGCUGAGGAGCAUGAGUGUGGGCGCGGCAAGUGGAACUGGAGCGAGCACAACCAUUUGCAGCAAGAUCCUAGCCGCAAAGAGCGGUUACGUCUCGGACUAUGGAAGUGUGAGGCACCAAAGAAGUGGGCACAACCACAAUUCCGGCUACAAGUCCGAUGCCAGCUGCAAGAGCCGGUACAGCACAAAGAGCUGCAUGAGCCGCAGGAGCAGGGCCAAAAGCUGCGGCUAUCGGAGUGAUUGCAAGGAAUCCGGAAAGUCUGGUCUUAGGAUGCGGCGGAAGCGCAGGGCUUCCAUGCUCUUGAAGAGCACUGCAGACGAUCAGGUCGAGGAUCAGGACAUCCUUCAGCUGGCAGGCUUAUCGUUGGGCCAGAGCAGCGAGGAGAGCAAUGAGUACAUCAGCAAGCCAAGCCUCCAGAGCCUGCCAACGACGAGUGCCAGCAAAAAGUACGGCGAGAUCAAUCGAUAUGUGACCACGGGACAAUAUUUCGGUCGCGGCGGCAGUUUGACAGUCACGAAUCCAGAGAAUUUUAUCAGUAAGAUGAUGAAUCAGCGGAAGGAGACUCCGGCUCCCAGCAAAGCGUCCUGCAAAAUAAAAUCCCGGCGUUCUUCGGCUGCCAGUAUGUGCAGCAGCUACGUUUCGGGAGUGUCAAAGAUGCGUCGCAGACAUCGCAGGAAGAGCUUCAGUCACAACAAGUCCCUAAACAUUGACUCCAAGCUGCUCACCGAAAUCGAGAUAAUCACAAGCACUUUCCACUCGAGAUGUCGCAUACAGGAUGAUCGACUGGCCGGGAGCAGUGGCAAGGAGAAGCUACUGGCCGAAGCCAACAAGCUGCAGGCCACUCUAGCAGCUCCAAGUCCGGCGCAGCAGUUGGUUCUUAAUGGCGGAGGAUCUGCUUCAGCGCUCCCCAAGCCCUUGAAAAGGGCCCUGAAGAAGCGAAAGCUCAGUGAGCCCCUGGUGGACUUCGCCAUGCUCUCGGCCAGCGCCAGCGGAACUCCAAAUGGCAGUGGGAGCAGCAACGGAAAUGCCAAACGACGGCACAAGAAAUCGCAGAGCAACGACAGCUCCAGUCCCGAUGACCACAAGCUUCCACUAAAGAAGCGUCAUUCUUUGACCCCGGGAGAGCGUCCCCCUGCCGAAGUGGCCUUCGCCAAUGGAAAACUGAAUGCAGAGGCCUGGGCCGCAGCGGCGGCGACUGCUAAGACCACUGCAUCUACCAAGUCGCAGGCGCAGUUUAAUGCCAAGAGUGGAAAAUCCGCGCUAACUCCCAAAAAGAGGCACCUUCUAGAGCAACCUACGGCUCUAAGCGCAGCUGGAUCUUCGGCUAGCAAUUCUCCACUAAGGAUCGUUGUUGAUAACAACUCCAUAAGUGGUGGGAAGUUGCUGGACAUCAGCCCUAGCUCGCUGUGCUCCCUCAAACAGCAACGGAGAGGAGGAGCGGCUAAGCAGAAGGUUGCGGCCACAAGGGACUUGGUUCAAUUGCACUCCCCAGCUGGUAGCUAUCCUCCGCCGGGCGUGUUUGAGCCAUCUGUGGAACUUGAGAUCCAAAUACCCAUCGGCAAAUUGAACGAAUCAGUUAUUACAAAAGCAGAGGUCGAAUCUCCGCUGCUCUCAGCGCUGGAUAUUAAGGAGGAUACCAAAAAGGAGAUUGGUCAGCGAGUUGUGGAAUCGUUGCUGCACAAAACAGGAGGCAAUCUUCUGCUGAAGCGGAAACGGAAAAAGAUCAAUCGAACGGGUUUUCCCACUGUGCGCAGGAAGAAGCGUAAGGUCAGUGUGGAGCAGCAGCCAACCGCCGUGAUGGAUGACGCUGACCCAGAGAUCGAUCCCGAUGAUGAGCCCCUCCAAUCCCUAAGAGAAACCAGGAGCAGCAGCAGUGCCCAGGUGCAGCAUCCAGCCAAUACCCCAAUGGACUGUGAGCGAGUGCCUCAAGCAGGCGAAGCUAGGGAGACCUUUGUAGCUAGAAGCAAUCAAAGAGCUCCACGCCUAUCAGUGGUGGCCCUGGAGCGUCUACAGCGACCACAAACCCCCGCCAGAGGAAGACCCCGAGGUAGAAAACCCAAGAAUAAGGAUCAACCUACAGCUACAACCUUACCGCCGCCCAAAUCGGAACCCGAGGUAAAGCCAGCCAAGAAACGUGGUCGGCAGCCCAAGCAACCGGUCUUGGAACAGCCACCUCCCACUCAAACGCCUCAGCAAAAGAAAACCAAACUGGAACCGAAUAUCAAACUUCCAGCUGGCAUCGACCCCAACACGAAUUUCAGCUGCAAGAUUCGCUUGAAGCGGCGAAGGAACCUGGAAACGGGCUCGACCCAAAGUAAGAAGGAUAAGCCUGUUCAGCCAGCGCCAGUGGAGGAGAUACCCCCAGAAAAGCCCGCCAGCCAGGAGGAGAUAAAUGCUGAAGCGGAGGCCAAACGGCUAGACAAAAUCCCUAACGAACACGAUCCCUUGCCCGCCAACGAAUCCCAACAUCACGGCCCACCAGACUACGCUAGUUGCAGUGAGUCCAGCGAGGACAAAGCAUCAAGCACCUCCUUGCGAAAACUAUCCAAGGUUAAGAAGACCUAUCUGGUGGCAGGACUUUUCUCCAAUUACUACAAACAAUCGCCAAUGCCGCCGCCAGCCAAGGUGACUAAGAAGCCCGCUUUAGAGGAGCAGCAAGUGGUCUCUGGGAGUCUGCUUCCACCACCGCCAUAUUGCGAAAAGUAUCUGCGAAGGAGUGAGGUGGACUUUGAGCUGCCAUACGACAUAUGGUGGGCUUACACCAACUCCAAGCUACCCACUCGACACGAUGUGCCAUCCUGGAAUUAUCGAAAGAUUCGCACGAAUGUAUAUGCAGAGUCAGUGCGCCCGAAUCUGGCUGGAUUCGACCAUCCCGUUUGUAAUUGUAAGAACCAGGGCGAGAAAUCCUGCCUAGACAAUUGCCUAAAUCGCAUGGUUUAUACGGAGUGCUCGCCCAGUAAUUGUCCCGCCGGGGAGAAGUGCCGGAACCAAAAAAUCCAACGACAUGCGGUAGCGCCUGGAGUGGAGCGCUUCAUGACGGUGGACAAGGGAUGGGGAGUCAGAACUAAACUACCCAUUGCCAAGGGAACCUACAUACUCGAGUACGUGGGAGAGGUGGUCACCGAGAGGGAAUUCAAGCAGCGGAUGGCCAGUAUAUAUUUGAACGACACGCACCACUACUGUCUCCAUUUGGAUGGAGGUCUGGUAAUUGAUGGCCAGCGUAUGGGCAGCGAUUGCAGGUUUGUGAACCACUCCUGCGAGCCCAACUGCGAGAUGCAAAAGUGGAGCGUGAACGGUUUGUCUAGGAUGGUUCUCUUCGCUAAAAGAGCCAUCGAGCAGGGCGAGGAACUGACCUACGAUUACAACUUUUCGCUGUUUAAUCCGUCGGAGGGCCAACCCUGCAGAUGCAACACGCCCCAGUGUCGUGGUGUCAUUGGAGGCAAGUCACAGAGGGUGAAACCUCUUCCCGCAGUGGAGGCCAAGCCCGCUUCAGAGGGACCUACUGGCCGAAACGGACGCCAACGCAAGCACAAGGCAAAGAAGCACGCUCAACGACAGGCGGGCAAGGACACAGCUUCAGCAGUUGCGGUAGCAAAGCUGCAACCGUUGUCUGAGAAGGAAAAGAAGCUGGUCAAACAGUGCAACACCUUCCUAGUUAGGAACUUUGAAAAGAUACGCAGAUGUAAAGCUAAGCGAGCAUCAGCCUUGGCAUCCGCGGCCACUUCCGCAUCUUCUCCAGCACACGGCGCAACUAAUGGAGACAUUCCUGGUCGACGACCCUCAACACCAUCCUCGACUUCUCUGGCUGCCCAGAUCUCCGCGCUCUGCUCUCCUCGCAACAUAAAAACCCGUGGACUUACCCUGGCAGUUCAUGACCCCGAGCUGGAAAAGAUGGCUAAGAUGGCUGUUGUUCUGAGAGAUAUCUGCAGUGCCCUGGAAAACCUAAAGAUGUUCGAGCUGCUAACUACACUGUCUAGUAAGAAAAAGAAGGCCAUAAAGAACUCUUUGGGCGGAAAAUUGGGAACGACAGCUGGAACGUCCAGAGUUGAGUUCAGAUCGAUUCAGGCCCAAGUCGAGCAGGGUCACUACAAGACGCCCCAGGAAUUCGAUGAUCAGAUGCAGCAGCUCUUUGUGGAGGCCAAACAGCAACAUGGCGAUGACGAGGGCAAGGCCAAAGCCCUCCAAUCGCUGAGGGAUUGCUAUGAGCAACAGAAGGCGUCCAGCUAUGUGCAGAUGGUCGAGAUUUUGGGCGAUUCAGAAGCUUUGCAGAGCUUUAAACCGAAGGAACCGCUUUUGCCAGUGGAGGAAGCGCCGAAGGUUACAGUUAAGAAAUCCCCAGGAGCAAUAGAAAGGGAUUCUCCAGUAGUGCCAUUGAAAGCAACUCCUCCACUGCUUCCCAUCGAAGCCUCUUCAGAGGAGGAUGUAAUCCGUUGCAUUUGCGGGUUGUACAAAGACGAGGGUUUGAUGAUUCAGUGCGCCAAGUGCAUGGUGUGGCAGCACACGGAGUGCACCAAAGCCGACAUCGAUGCGGACAACUAUCAGUGCGAACGUUGCGAGCCAAGGGAGGUGGAUCGCGAGAUUCCCCUGGAGGAAUUCACCGAGGAGGGUCAUCGCUAUUACCUAUCCCUGAUGCGUGGCGAUCUGCAGGUGCGUCAGGGCGACGCCGUCUAUGUGCUGCGGGAUAUUCCCAUUAAAGAUGAGGCGGGCAAGGUCUUGCCAACUAAGAAACACACGUACGAAACGAUUGGAGCCAUUGAUUACCAAGAGUGCGACAUCUUUCGGGUGGAACAUUUGUGGAAGAAUGAAAUGGGGAAGCGUUUCAUAUUCGGGCACCAUUUUCUGCGACCCCACGAAACUUUCCACGAACCUUCCCGUCGUUUUUACCCCAAUGAAGUGGUAAGAGUAUCCCUUUAUGAGGUGGUACCCAUUGAGUUAGUCAUUGGACGCUGCUGGGUUUUGGAUCGUACCACCUUCUGUAAAGGACGUCCGAUGGAAUGCGACGAUGAGGAUCAUUGCUACAUCUGUGAGCUGCGUGUGGACAAAACUGCAAGGUUCUUCUCCAAAGCCAAGGCCAAUCAUCCGGCCUGCACCAAGAGCUACGCCUUCCGAAAGUUCCCCGAAAAACUAAAGAUCUCCAAAAGCUAUGCGCCCCACGAUGUGGAUCCUUCGUUGCUGAAAUCGAGGAAGCAAAAGACUGAAUUAGAAGUAGGAGCCGUGCCAACAACGAUGCAAAAGGCAUCUGGCAGGCAGGAGCAACAGCAACCGAAGUCAGUUGGAAGAAAGCCGCGUGGAAGUAGUGCGGCCGCAGUGGAAUCUACAGCUGUCCAUGUCGUAGUUCCAGUGGCGCCCAAUAAACAGACACUAAAAAAGAAGCGGUCGCGUUUAGAAAACGUUCUCAUAACCAUGAAGCUAAAGUGUCUGGAUGCGCAGACAGCUCAGGAGCAGCCCAUUGAUUUGUCAUACCUACUGUCCGGUCGCGGUGCCCGGCAGCGAAAAACCCAGCAGUCCAGUAGCAGCUCUAUGGUCAGCUCGACCUAACAGAUGUAGCCAGCGACUAGGUUAAGCCGUGUAUAUACGCCUAAAAUAAGAGGCAGUGCUUAAUAUUUAUGAACUCUAAUUAACAAUUAGCAUGUAGCCAUGUAAGAUGUAACGGUGAUAGUAGUAAUUUUAGAGUGUACAUUGUUAUGAACAAAUUUCGUGAAGAGGCCUGCGGACCUGGCUAAGAUGGAACAGAUUAUGAAUUAUGGUUAAUAUAAGGACUUAUUUAAAUACUAGCAUCUACGCCACCACAGGAAGCCCCAUUUAGAUGAAUUUCUUUUGUUUUUAAUUGUUUACUGCAUUUCUAUAUUGAUUUUGUUUUACAGAACUAUCUCCUUUUCGUCUAUGCACUUGAAGGCGUUUUGAAUACUGCAUUGUUAUUUUAAAUUAUUGUAUUAUGUUAUGGCUGCUUAUCUACGAUACACCCAGGUAGGAAAACUUAUUGCGCUAUUAGUUUUUAAUUAAUUUCAAAUUGUUAUUAACUGCUAACCCAAAUUUUAAAAAUGAAAUAAAAAUAUAUUUUCAUUAAACUA